UUCCCCAGCGCGCGGCGCUGCGCACGCUGUUAUGCCGGAGUCGCGUCCGUUGGUGAGCUGACAGCGCGGCUCGGCCAGUCGGCUGGAACUGAGUAGCCUUCAUUGAAUCUGCGGCUCUCAUGACGUCUCCCUGCGUGGUCCACCACUUUGCUCCUAACCCAGGAAUAUUUUUUUUCUGUCACUCUUGCCUUUUCCCCCUUCCUUCCGCCGGGUCGCCCUCCCCCGUGCCUGCCCAAACGCACACCCCUCCGCCCCUCCUUCGGUCCCAGCGCCCAGCCCUCCGCUCCACUCUCGGCCAAAGGGAGCCAGUCUGAAGACGGCCGCACCUGGCUGGAGAGGUUGGCGGGCGGAGGGUGGGGAUCCGCGGGAACCCGCAAGCUGGAGCCGGAGCUGGAUGGACCGCGAGAAUGGAGUCUCCUAACAGCCUCCCGGGGCUGAUGUGAAGUCGGACCAUCUGCUUCCAGUUUUUCGUUUCCUUCUCGUUUGUGUAUUUCCUGCCCUCGCCAUCCAUCGUGGAGUGAAUGAUUAAAUCUUGCUCCGCUCAAGAGAGACCAUGAUUGAGUGAGACCACCCUGUCCGCAACCAGGAAAAGCACAAACAAGAAAUGACAGCGAUGGCCAAGUUGACAGAAUCCAUGACUAAUGUCCUGGAGGGGGACUCCAUGGAUCAGGAUGUGGAGAGCCCCGUGGCCAUUCACCAGCCAAAGUUGCCUAAGCAGGCCAGGGACGACCUGCCCAGACACAUCAGCAGGGACCGGACCAAAAGGAAGAUCCAGAGGUACGUGAGGAAAGACGGAAAGUGCAACGUCCAUCACGGGAACGUGAGGGAGACCUACCGCUACCUGACGGACAUCUUCACCACCCUGGUGGACCUCAAGUGGAGAUUCAACCUGCUGAUCUUCGUCAUGGUUUACACAGUGACAUGGCUCUUUUUUGGAAUGAUCUGGUGGCUGAUCGCGUACAUCCGAGGAGAUAUGGACCACAUAGAGGACCCCUCGUGGACUCCCUGUGUCACCAACCUCAACGGGUUCGUCUCUGCUUUUUUAUUCUCCAUAGAGACAGAAACCACCAUCGGCUAUGGCUACCGGGUCAUCACAGAUAAGUGCCCGGAGGGAAUUAUUCUCCUCCUAAUCCAAUCUGUGUUGGGGUCCAUUGUCAACGCAUUCAUGGUGGGAUGCAUGUUUGUAAAAAUAUCUCAGCCCAAGAAGAGGGCAGAGACCCUGGUCUUUUCCACCCACGCGGUGAUCUCCAUGCGGGACGGGAAACUGUGCCUCAUGUUCCGGGUGGGGGACCUGAGGAACUCCCACAUCGUGGAGGCCUCCAUCAGAGCCAAGCUGAUCAAAUCCAAACAGACGUCAGAGGGGGAGUUCAUUCCCCUGAACCAGACGGACAUCAACGUGGGGUACUACACAGGGGAUGACCGGCUAUUUCUGGUGUCACCGCUGAUCAUCAGCCACGAAAUUAACCAACAGAGCCCUUUCUGGGAGAUCUCCAAAGCCCAGCUGCCCAAGGAGGAACUGGAGAUUGUGGUCAUCCUGGAGGGGAUGGUGGAAGCCACAGGGAUGACGUGCCAAGCCCGAAGCUCCUACAUCACCAGUGAGAUCCUGUGGGGUUACCGGUUCACGCCCGUCCUGACGCUGGAGGACGGCUUCUACGAAGUUGACUACAACAGCUUCCACGAGACCUACGAGACCAGCACCCCGUCCCUUAGUGCCAAAGAGCUGGCCGAGCUGGCCAGCAGGGCAGAGAUGCCCCUGAGUUGGUCUGUGUCCAGCAAACUCAACCAACAUGCAGAACUGGAGACUGAGGAGGAAGAGAAAAAUCAGGAAGAGCAAACAGAAAGGAAUGGUGACGUGGCAAAUCUAGAGAAUGAGUCCAAAGUUUAGCGCCUGGCUGGGCCCCCUCCCUCCUGCCCCAGACGUGGCCUUUCCUCGUCACUCAUCCUCUUUCUUUUGGUCUCUCUGGCUUUGUUCUUUAUACUUAAUUUUGACAUCACCAGAAAACAAGUCUUCAAGGUGUAAAAUCCCUACCUGCCCUCUCUCAGCUGUUCAGAUUGACAAGGUAGACCAGAUGGUUAAGGAGCCGUGGGCCCACAUUUGUGGCCCAAGUUUGAUCUCUUCUCAAAAUACCCACCUCCAACUCCUAGAGAUUUGAGCUGCUAACCUGCAUGUGUCGAACAAUACCAGAUCACUCUAAAGGGAGUGUCCAAGAUUUUACCUGGGAUGUGACGAGCAAGGUCUCCGGUGCCUAUCUACCGCGCAGUGAGUCAUAGGGUACAGCCCUGAGUUUUAUAGAUCCCACACAUUUCAUCUGCUACAGGGUAAGGUGCUUGCCCGUGCGGGCACUGCAGGUAUAGGACCCAGGUGAGCUAAAGACUAACCACUGUACAUAUAUAUGCCUUAUGUAAUUUUUUCUUUUGGCAAUUAGUAAUAAAGCCCAGCAUGUACAAAAGUACUGUAGAACAGAACUUCUAUUAAAUAAUGUAUAUAGAUGUAUCAUUAAUGUAGUUUUAGAUAUCUAACUUUAGAAAUAAGAAGAAAAAAAGAUUCCCAAUGUACAGUAGGCAUUUCUUUUUUGAUAUCUGUGUUUUCCAACUAUUUUGAUUUCAUGAACUGCUGGCCCUUUAAUGCAUGGCCUUUGUUCUGGGUCCCAGACAGGCAGCCGUUAGGGUUCCUCUCUGUUCCCUUGCUGAUCCUUUUGUUGAAUCUAAUAAGCCAUAGGUUUCGGGGGCAGUUGGGAGAUCCAGUAGACGGGAAGACCCACCACCAAUAAGCUGAUAUACUGUGACAUGUUUACAAAACAGGUGUCAUUUCCUUCAAGAGAACAAGGGCCUCACUAACCAGCCAGGGAGAGACUCCCCGGAACGGCCCUUCUCUAGCAUGUCACCAAUGAUGUGUUGAUGCUUUUUGAGUGAGCUCUCGCCCUUUGGGAUACAACUGUUUAGGGAACUUUUCUGCAAAUCCAACUGAUCCUCCCUGUAAUCAUGAGAACCACAGGAAAUUAGGAGAACGUGCACUCUAGGCAAGAUGGCUUGGGUCUGAAGCCACGGAACCAGGGAGGGCCAUGAUGGUGGCACACAGUGUCCUCGUUGAGCUCCCCUGCCAGGCGCCACCUGGCCUGGAGGAGGGCAUCUUGCCUGUCCUGGGGGCUGAGCCAUCCACACUUCUUGCAUUGGGAUUUUUUUCGUCUUCUUUUAUAAUUACGAAGUGACCAGUAUUCAGUAUUCAAAGAUUAGAUCAACAGUUUUAGUCACUGUCUAAGACAUCUCUCUAGGGUGUGCCACUAUUUUAAAAAAUCAAACCCAAAGCAUCUGUCAAUGAAAAGAAAGCCAAAAAAACGUAGCCUUAAUUCAUUUUAACAUGCAGAGAUGAAAGAAGGAAGGAAGGAUGGAUGGAUGGAAGGGAGGAAGGGAGGGAGGAAGGAAGGAAAAGAGGGUGGUUUUGUACUGCAAACCCAAAUUUCAAAAUGAAAACAAUAGAGAAGGAAGAGGACUCAGACAAAACCUCAGGGGCAGGUGGAGAUUUUGCACUGAAAAGAUCCUUCACGUUAAUUUCGCAUUUACAAACUGUCUGUUCUCCAACAAGGUGGCCCGUCAUGAAUAUUCAUUGAGUGGAUCCAAGUUUAUUCUCAGCUCCUACAGCUGUGCUGCAGUUUGAGGCUUUGGGCUAUGAGGUCAAGAAGAUCAAACCGGCUGUCCCUCUGUGACCCGUGGCCUUGCCCGACUGUGGGGAACGGGCCUUUGUUCUACUUAGGGACCCUGUCUACCAGAAAGGACACCCCAGAGAUAAGGGAGGCAGCCCCUCUGGUGAAUGCAUCAGGACAACAGCUUCUUGGCUCUGACUGCGGGGAAACCACAGCUGUCACCGCGAGCCCCUGCCAGCACCUCAUCCUUGGCGUCCAUUGUCUGUUGAAUCCUUUAUUCCUCCCACAGGGUCAAAGGAGGAGUCGGCAAGGAGGAGCCGGCCCGGGCUCUUCCUGCGCUCUCCGGAGGCUGUGGGCAGUAGGGACCUGACCUCGCUGGAGCCUUAGGAUGGGCGCCCCUGGCCCUGGGCACAACCUACAGUGUCCAGGGCUUUGGGGGCAGCGCCAGUAGCACAAAUCGGCCCGGGGCUGCGGCUCGGCUGCUGAUCUAGCUCUUGAAGUACCUUCUUGAAUCCGGAACUGAGGCUCCAAGGACAAACUCUGCA